UCUGAUAAAUGACAGAGCAAUUCAUCACAUCAAAUAUACUCUUUAAUGUUAUAUUUCAAAAUUACAAAUAUACAAAAAUUACUAAAAUAUAACUAAUUGCUCAAGUACACACUCCAGCUUAUGAAAUGUGUUUUGUGUUGUAAGUGUUUGUUGCACAUUUUGAUGCCUUGAUAACAGGGGUAGGGGGCUCCCACUUGAAGCACUGUCUCGAUGCCAGACAUUUUCACUGUCAUAAUGGAUGACAGUGUUCCGUCCAGAGCAAACCUGUUUCUAGUUUUGGUUUUGUUCAAACCUAUCUCCAAACCUAUCUCCAUCACGCGAUGUUGUUGGUUACCUAGUAACGAACGUAAGGUGGCCGAGAAUGUUCCGUCAACUUGCGCGUGUUCGCGGCUUCGCGCAUCUAUGUUGCCUAUACGCGCUGGCAGCAGGAAACUUCACUUUGUGUGCCUGCGCCUCGUACACAACGUUACAUAUAAAGCUUGCAGGACAGCUUGGUUGGCAUUGCCUUCUCAGCGUGAGAAAUACACGGUGUGGCGUACAGCGUGUGAACUGGUUGAACUGCGUGUGUCUCAAUGCGUGAGACUUGAGAGGCUAUAAAUAAUCUUUCUUAAAGAUAAAAAAUAUGUAAUUUUAACUGACAUUAUAAUUGAUGAAAUACGAUUAAAUGAACGACAAAUCAGCAGAAGCUCUUGUGAGAAAAUAUUAUUUUGAUAAUUAACUUUUUCAGCCCCCUGCAUUCAUGAAAAAAUUGUCCCAUUUUUUUUCUUCAGCUUACUUAUUUAUUUGAGAUAAGAUCUCUAUUUUGUUUAUAACAAAAUAUUUACUGCAUUUGAAGUUGUCUUUGAAAAUAAAAUAAAAAUCAAACUGACUCGGCCCUUUAAAUUUAAACGUAGCCGUAAAGCGCGAAAAAGGCGCUCGAAAGCAAAAGGUCAGAGCAUUGUCAGCUGGAGGGAGGACGAAUACUGCAAACAAUCAAGAAAACUGCUGGUGGGAAUAAAAUAGCCUACGGUUUAGAGUUCACUGUCCCCAUUAAGCGCACCUGGUUACUGUACUUCAUGUAAUUGUAGGUGUAAUUACUGUGUCAUGGAGAGAGAAAAGUGGAAUAUCACUCGCAGCAAUUUAAGGAAAAGGGCUGUUAAAAGAGUCACCCAGUUUAUGAAAUCUUUGAAUGAUGAGGAUAUGGAUUGUACUAAUGAAGAGCAUAGUGUUGAAAAUGAAGUAGUUACUUCAAGCUUUGUUUUGCCACCAAUCUGUAGAUCAGAAAGUGAUGGGGAAAGUGAAUCAGCAAGUGACGAGGAUAGCCUUGAUAUUACUAAAGGUUUAGCGGGAUGUUUGAGAGACUGGGCAACACAUUUUCGCAUUUCAUUGAUUGCUUUGUCUGCCCUUUUGUCGAUACUGAAAGUCCAUCACCCAUCUUUGCCAAAAGAUGCAAGAACAUUACUCAAAACACAGACUCAACAUAGUGUUGUUUCCUUGGCGAGUGGAUCAUUCCAUUACUUUGGUAUACAGAAAAUGUUCAGCCACAUAUUUCAGAAGCUUACAUCAGUUGUCCGGAAUCAUCACAGCUUCAAAUUGCAAUUAAACAUGGAUGGUCUUCCAAUUUUUAAAAGUUCAGGUGUACAGUUCUGGCCAAUUUUAGGAAUGCUCCAGGCUUACAGUAGAAAACCUGUGCUGAUUGCUCUUUACUGUGGGAAAUCGAAGCCUCAGUCCUUGUCAGAAUAUCUGAAGGAUCUGGUCUGUGAGUUGAAAUCCUUGAGCACUGGUUUUGUUGUUAAUGGAAAGACCUUCUUCUUGACUGUGUGCUCGGUAAUCUGUGAUGCUCCUGCGAGGGCUUUUAUUAAGGGUAUUAAGUCACACAAUGGAUACAGUGGCUGUGAUAAAUGUGUACAGUCUGGCAUUUACAUUAAUAAUCGCAUGACAUUCCCAGAACUUAAUUCUAGGGUAAGAACCGAUGUUUCUUUUUCAAAUGCAGAGGAUGAAGACCACCAUGUACAACAUUCCCCAUUUUGUGAAACAUCUGUUCCCAUGGUUAGUGGAUUUCCACAUGACUAUAUGCAUUUAGUGUGCUUAGGCGUGGUGCGUCGUCUGCUUGAUUUGUGGAUGGGAACUCGCGGCAAGUUGAGUUACCGUAUUUCAUCCAGGCAAGUGUCUAUCAUUUCUGGCAAACUGCUUGCUCUCAAGAGUUACAUACCCUCUGAAUUUGCUAGAAGACCAAGGGCACUUGAUGAAAGGUUACGAUGGAAAGCAACAGAACUUAGGCAGUUCUUACUUUACACUGGUCCAGUAGUUUUGAGGGAUGUGCUGACUACUGAGGUUUACCAAAAUUUUAUGUUGUUGUCUGUGGGCAUAUAUAUCUUGGCAAGUCCAACAUAUUGUUUGCUGUUAAAUGACUUUGCAAACACACUACUUAGAUCAUUUGUUAAGCAUUUUGGGGAACUCUAUGGUCAUUGUUUUUUAGUGUACAACAUACAUGGUCUGACUCAUCUCAGUGAUGAUGUGAAGGUGCAUGGCCACUUAGAUUUAAUUUCAGGGUUUCCUUUUGAAAACUACUUAAAAAAAAUUAAAGGAAUGGUUAGAAAACCUAGCUCACCACUGCAGCAAGUUAUACGCAGAAUUUCAGAACUUGAUUCAACAAGUUUAAAUGAUGAGGAAACCCGGAAAGCUCACAAAAAUGAAAAUGCUGCACUCAGAUGGACCUGUUCCAGAAGGAUUCACAGGAGCGGUCUCCCAAUUUAAGGAACUGUCGAUAGAUGAGGUUGUCAUCAACACAUCAGAGAGGGACAGAUGUAUAAAGAUGAACAAUAAGAUACUAUUGGUUCAGAAUAUAAUUGUCUUUGAAGGUGAGGAAUAUAUUGUCUGCAAAGAAUAUAGACACAUUGCAAAGUUCUUUGAUUAUCCCAUUGAGUCCACAGAUUUGGGAAUUUGUUUUGUGUCAGAUCUGUCACCAAAGCUGAUGUGCUUAACAUUAGAUACCAAUAUGCAGAAGUGCGUCCGGUUGCCUUUGGAGGUUGGAUUUGUUGUCAUUCCACUUCUUCAUGCAGACCCAUCCUAAAUGUCAUUCAUAGCGUGGUGUUUUGGUAGUCUUUAAAUCUGAAUUUUAGAUAGUCCAAUCUUUUUCAAAUUGAAUUAAUUUAUGUGCAGAUUGGCAUUUAGACAGCAGUGACAGAGUCCAGCCUGCCUUGGGUUAUUUCAGUAGGUCAUGUUUUACAUUGUAGAGUUUCUAGAAACCCAAGAAGUUGAAGUGGUACCAGCACUUUGGGUUGAAAAGGAAAUAUGUCAAUGGCCAGCUCAAUACAGACGUGAUGAAUUAGUAAAGGCCAUACGAAGUGAGGAGCAACCUGGACACACGUGGGACGCAUAUUGUGUUCGAAUUUUAUAUAAAGCUGCAACCUACAAAGCUGCUCGUCUAAAACUUCCUCAAGCGGAAACACAAACUGACCUUCAAACAGCAGAGGAAGAAGAUGUGGAUGACAUUCCAAAGAAAAAGCGAAAAAGGCUACCAAACAUUCACUUUGAGAGCGACGACGAAGAUUUGGUCAAACAAAAAGGAUUGUUGCCUCCAGCCCCAAAGAUAACAGGACCAAACUUUGCAAUUGAGUCUGCAAUAAAGAGAAGGGUUCAAAAGCUUGAAACCCCAAAGCAUAUGACAAGUCCUGAGCCCAGACACUCUGUGACAAGU